GGAGGAGGAGGGGAGGAAGGGGAGGGAGAGGGGGAGGAUCUGCUAAUUACACAGAACAGCUCUGGGGGCUGCUGAAGUCCAGAAUGAAGCAAAGAGCAGCAGAAGCGAGUGCUGCAGUGGGAGCGGAGGAGCCCAAGCAUCACCGAGAGCUGGAGCCAGCUGUUAUCCCUGCUGGGAGCAACUGGGAGCACCCAGGGGAUCCUGCAGCUCUGUCUCCCAUAGGAGACAGCCUCUGGCACUGCCACCGAGCCCACUGCCAGCCCCCGGAGAGCCGAGGAGAAGGGGCUGGUGGUUGCAGCACGCAGGGCUGGGCUGGAGGGCAGCGAGGUCAGCCCUGCUAUGGUCGCGGGGGGCUAGGAGCCUGUGUGGAUCCACCGGGAAGAGGUGAAGGAUGGCUGCCGAAGGAGGGAGAGCCAAGCCCCUUGCCCAGUCCAGGAUGGAGAACUUCCGAAAGGUGAGGACCUCGGAGGAGGAGAUGCCGUUACCCUUCCCAGACCUGCCCCCGGACGUGGUGGAGAUGAAGGUGAAGGAGGGCAGCAAGAUCAGGAACCUGAUGAACUUCGCCAUGGCCCAGAUGGAGCUGAAGGGCAGGCGGCAGAUCGUGUUCAGUGGCUGCGGCAGGGCGGUCACCAAGACCAUCACCUGCGUGGAGAUCAUGAAGCGCAAGCUGGGAGGGCUCCACCAGGUCACCAAGGUACGCUACAAAACCGUGCUGGAGGUCUGGGAGAACCAGGACCCACCGCCCGACGGUCCUGCACAGAACCUGACUGUCCACAAGAAUGUCCCCUCCAUUUGCAUCCUGCUCUCCCGGGACCCCCUGGAUCCCAACCAGGCAGGAUACCAGCCCCCCGAGCCCCGGCAUGAGGUGGGAGAAGACACAUUGGGAUCCUCCACCAAGGGGCUGAAGCGGCCGCUGCCGCCUCCCUGCGAGGAGCUGCUGCCCAAGAAGACGCAGGUACAGGUGUCUGACAGCCCCAGGGGCACGGGGACCAGCGCUGGCCAGCAGGACCACUGACCC